AUGUUAAUAUUAUAUUUUACUUUAUUGUUAAAGUUCGCUUUUGCAGCGCAGCCACAAUGUACAGUAGCUGAUGUAAAAAAUUUGCUGGAAGGUUGUGAGCACCUUACAGGUUUAAAUAUCACCAGUGUUGGUGGCACAAUGGUUAAUGACCAUAAUUGCGAUGUCUUACUUCCAAAGCAAGUUUUUCUUGAAGAGCCUUUAUUUCAAUAUCCUCUUGCUGAUUCGAAAAAAUUCUACACGAUCAUUAUGGUAGACCCUGAUGCUCCUCCUCAGUUGGACGGAGAGUUCUUCUUACACAUGCUAAAAUCGAAUAUUCCGGGUCUGGCUCUAAAAGGAAAGGAAAGUGUAAAAACUGUGGGAAUUGACUAUAGAGGGUAUAAGCCACCAACUCCACCUCGCGGAACAGGCCCACAUCGCUAUAUAUCUCUAUUGUACGAGCAAGCCGACGGAAAUAAUUUUUUGCCCUCAGUGCCAUCUAGCCGCAGUCGAUUUACUUUAGCAAACUGGCUUCGGGGCAAAAACCUUUAUGGGCCAGUCGCUGGAACACAGCUCCGAAUACAAUUCUAG